UCAGUGAAGUUAUGCCCUAUGGAAGUGGGUUUGCCCAUUCGUCUAAACUGCUGCCAGACUAGCGCUGCAGGUCACUCACGUUUCGCUCUGCAAAUGCACAUGUAUUUUAAGUUGAGUGUGUUUGUUUGAGCAAGUUGAACAGCAUUUAUCUACAUUGUUUCGUUGCCCACUCUUUCUGUGGACACAAUGGCUUCUAGAAAGGGUAGAGCUACCCGAAAGCUGCGUUUUGGUAAUUCUGUUUUGGAAGAGGUCGGUCGUGUGAGGGAGAACGAAUUGUCCAGUAGCGACGAGGAGCCUGUGGGAGAAGCCGAUUACGACCAGGAAGAAGAGGAAACUGAUUUUGAAUACUCAAGUGAUGAAGAAUGGGAACCAGAAAGUGAGCCAACCCCCAAAAAACAGCGUCUUCUCACUCCGUCCCCCACCAGCACACCUUGCACCCCCAGAACCCCCACAUCUUGUGCUGGUGAUUCCUUGAGUCCAAGGUCAACUCCCAAAGGAACGUCUCAUUCUCCACGGGUAAGAAAAAGGUCUGCACGUGGCAGGUCAGUGGAGAGUGACACAGGCACUUGGAAUGACAUCAGCGUGGAGGAUGAAGCUCCAGAGCUACCUAAUUUUCAUCCAAAGCGAAACCCAGGACCUCAGGUCGUCAUGGACAGAAUCUAUUCCCCCUUACAACUAUUUCAGCUUUUCUUCCCGACCUCUGUGAUAGACACCAUUGUGACCAACACAAAUAGUUAUGCGAAAAUGAGGUCUGAAGCUGGUGCAAAAUUCCCUUGGGUGCCUUUGAAAGCACAUGAACUGUAUUCGUUUAUUGCGCUUGUUAUUUACAUGGGGCUUCUCGGUGCAAAAAAUAUUGUAGACUACUGGUCCAGAAAAGACAUUUACAGUUUACCUUUUCCAAAAUCAGUGAUGUCCAGGUCCAGAUUUAAUGCUAUCAAUUGGAAUCUGCAUCUUUGCAAUCUUAAGGAGGAUCGAGCGAAUGCACUGAAAAAGGGGACUCCUGACUAUGACCGACUUUACAAAAUAAAGCCCCUUUACACUGACAUCAUCAAUGCGUGCAAAACGUACUUCCAUCCAAACAGACAGCUGUCAGUGGAUGAGAGGAUGGUGGCUACUAGGGCGAGAAUCGGCUUCAAACAGUACAUGAAGGACAAGCCUACCAAGUGGGGUUACAAGCUCUUUGUUCUUGCUGAUUCUGCCUGUGCCUACACAUGGAACUUCUUUGUUUAUGAAGGUAAAUCUUCGGUGGCCACAGGUAAAGGAAUGAAUUACGAUUCUGUGAUCCGCCUCCUGGAUCUUCCUCUUCUUGGCUCAGGCUACCAGGUGUUUAUGGACAACUUCUAUACAAGCCCAGGCCUUUUAUUGGACUUGCUGGAUAAAAAGACACUUGCGUGUGGCACGAUACGUUCCCACCAACAGGGCUUUCCUAGAACAAUGACCAAUGACCUCAGCCUCAGAGCUCAAAAGGGGUCCAUGCGCUGGCUUCGGAAAGGUAAGCUCCUCUUUGUGAGGUGGAUGGACUCAAAGAUGGUUUCAAUGUGUUCAACAAUGCACAAGGCAUAUGAUGGUGCUACCAUCACCAGGCGUGUUAGGAAUCCCAAGAAGGAGUGGGAAAUUAGGGAGAUCCCAAUUCCAGCAGCAGCGAAGGACUACAAUAAAUAUAUGGGAGGUGUGGAUGUUUCGGAUGCUCUAAUUGGGUACUACAAUGUCCUACACAAAACCCAAAAAUGGUACAAGACCUUUUUUUUUCAUUUCAUCGAUAUCGCCGUGGUGAACAGUUUUAUUAUCCACCAGCAGCUGUCCAAAUCUCAGAAUAAGACCCAUCUCACCCAUAAGGAAUUUAGAGAGACACUUGUGUCGGAGCUGGUUAGGAUUGGUACACCGUCCAACUCAUCAGCUGCUCCCAAGACGUCCACAUCAUGUGACCCAGAGCCGUCCACAUCAUGUGACCCAGAGCCGUCCACAUCAUGCGACCCAGAGCCGCCCACAUCAAAGCCCCACACAACCGAGGUCAACUCAAAGAAAGAGAUGUGCUGGCCAGAGUAUCAUGGGUGUGAUGCCUCUAUCGGGAGGAGAGUCUGUGUCUUUUGCAAACUUUCAGGAAUCAAAAUAAAGACACCUGUGUACUGUUCAAAAUGCAGUGUAGCUUUGUGCUUUGUGCCUACAAGGAACUGCUUCAGAAAAUGGCAUGAUGAAAAGCACGGGGAAAAAUAAGUGCAUUGUUGUCUUGUCAACAGGCUGGUGACUAAAAGUUGUGCGCUCACUCUGCUUUUUUCUUUAUACACUGUAGACUUUAUAAAGAUCAGGGCCCGUAUUCAUAAAGAAUCUUAAUGCAAAAAGUAGCUCCUAGUGACAAAAUACUUAGAAAUGUGGGCGUUUACUCUUAAAAUGAAAGAAAAAAUCCUAGUAAAGAAAAAAGUAAUUCAGAAAGAAUCUUAACCCUUAAAAGAGGUCUUAAGGUCAAAAUUGUUGUCAGUAUGGAUGAGGACUUUUAAGAGGCUUAAGAGUUUCUUUAGCAGAGAAGAAAAUGGCAGUGAGACAGAGAAGGAGAAGAAAUGUGUUGCAAUCAUAGCUUUGACAGUGAGUUAACCAACCAAUCACAGUCUUCAAAAGAGUGUGUCAUACACGGCAACGGGGUCAGCCCCGCCUACUCACUAAGAUGAAAGUUUUUGUCUUUUCCUUACUCAGAGUUGCUCUCAGAUCAGUCCUGAAUCACUCUUAAGCUAAGACUCCUACGUAAAAGUUUUUAAGCUAAAUUAAGAGUUUUCUGAGAGGAUCCUUAGAAUCUUUAUGAAUACGGGCCCAGAUUUGGAUAAUACGUUUUUGAACUGCAUCUUUUUCCUACAUCUUUUCUAUUUUCUUAGUUUUUAUGUAUACUUUUUGUAUCUUUAUUGGAUCGGACCAACUAGUUCUAUUUGUACUCUGUCAAAUAAAAUGCAAGAACUGCUACUUGGUCU